AUGGAUCGCAGACGUGUUAAUGGUCCCGAACAAAGUGUUGAACCUAUCUAUAAAAAAUUAGAAGAAGCAGUUGACAUUUUAAAUAGUGAGCGAAAGCGUUUGGAUGAAAGAAGUACCGAAGAUCAUAGACCAAUAUUUUUAAGGACAGGACUUGUAACACAGGCAAAUGGUUCAGCAUAUAUAGAAAUAGGAAAUACAAAAGUUACAUGUGCCGUCUACGGUCCACGUCAGUUGAAAAAGUCAGAUUUCUCCAACUUGUGUAAAAUUAACUGUGAUUUCAAAUUUUCGCCGUUCUCAUGCAAAAAAAGAAGAGGCAAUAUUCGGGAUGCUGAAGAAAGAGAGUUUUCAAAUAUAGUAGUUGAGGCAGUAACACCAGCUGUUCGUGUCGAAUUACUACCCAAAUCAGCUAUUGACAUCUAUAUAAAUGUAUUAGAAAAUGACGGCACAACAUCCUGUCUCGCCGCUGCUAUUAUUGCCGCUAGUGUUUCUUUAGCCGACGCAGGUAUAGAGAUGUUUGAUCAAGUCACCGCUUGCUCCACCGUUCUUGCCACAAAAGACGAACAACAGCUUAUAUUGACAGAUGGUACGGAGAAAGAAGAACUUCAGAAAGACGGAUCUGUGUUGCUGUCUUAUAUGCCAUCCUUGAACGAAAUUACACAUGUAUUACAAACAGGACAAUCAGAUCCAGCUAUAAGUACAAAAGCAAUUGAACAAUGCAUUGAUGGUUGUUCUAAAAUUUAUAGCGUCAUGUCAGAUUCUUUAUUACAGUCUCUAUCACGAUAA